AUGGCAGAUGCGUGGUUGCAGAAAUUGCGUUUAUCCCAAAAAACAUGUCUUGUUCAGGAUGGCAGACGCAAAAUUCAUUUCACUUUGUCAGAUGGAACAGAAUUAGCAGAAGAGUACGACCUGAAAUCUGGAGAACUCAUUGUGAGGAAAUGGAAAAAGAAAGCUACUCUCGGAGGUUACAGAAAAUGGGAGUUUGAGGUUGGAGAGCCUCCUGCUCCUAUUGUAAACUUGGACUCUGAAGGGCUAGUUGAGAGUAAUCUAAAUCCUGUAUUUCUGCGAAAAGACACAAAAACUCACUUUCAGUGGAGGGUUCGCAAUCUUCCCUACCCUGUUGACAACUACAAGAUAAGAAUAUCUGAUGACAGACAGCUUAUUCUCUCAACAGUUAACAAAAAGUAUUAUAAGAAAUUCUCAGUCCCAGAUCUGGACAGAUGUGCGUUACCUUUAGAAGAAGAGAGGAUUGACAUGACUCAUGCAAACAACACACUAAUUAUAUCUUACAAGAAACCUCAAGAAAUUUUGGACAUGGAAAAAACUUUUCAGCAAGAGCUGAAAAAAUUGAAAGCAAGUAAAGAUGGUGAAAUUGACUGUACACCAAGCUGA